AUGAAAGACAUGGAUUUCAAUGGUGUAUAUAAUUGUGAUAUUAGAGUGAAGGAGGAACCAAAUGAUGAUUAUGAAAUAAUUGGCAAUGCACACGAUGCUAACACUGAAGAAUCUAUGCGUUCUUGUCGAGAAAAUUCAAUUCAUGGCCCUGACGAUGUUGAAGUAGAAUUCGAAUGUAGGGACGAAAAGCCUAACAUUAACUUAUUAUUAAUAAAAAAGAUCGAGGACGAUUAUCCAGAUCAUUUGCAGCAUAUGAAAAAUAGUUGCGAUUAUCAGACUCAAAAGAAAAUUAAAGAAGAAAUGGUCGACGAAGUAAAAGAGGAAUUGAAUUUGGAUGGUGAACUCAGUGAUGCAUUUGAUGCAAAUGAAAAAACAUUUGCUGAAAAUAGUCAACGCAAAACCCAAACUGAUAAGGCACGCAAUCAAUCUAACGAUACAUGGGUAUAUUCAGGGGACGAUGAUAAUUUCAAUUCAGUGGACUUAUGCGAAGUCCAAAACUUCGAAACAUUUCAGUUUGAUCCGUUAUCGGUCAAUCGCAUGAACGAGGUUAUGGCAUUACACAAAAAGUUAGAUGGAAAAAUUUUCGUGGAUUUCGAGUGCAAAGAAGUUAAAGUUUAUCUGCCGUCUCUAUCGACAACCAUCUGCAAAACUGAGUAUCCAAAUGGUCCGUCUAUUGUAAAAAUAGAAAAUGAAAAUCAGAAUGACACAUGUCAAAAUGUAAUCGUUGACUUUGAGUGUAAAAAUGUUAAGCCUGAAUUGACAUCGCUAUCGACGACCUUAUGCAAAUCAGAGUAUCAAAGUUACCUACCUACUGAGAAAAUAGAAAAUAAAACUCGGACCAAAUCCUUCGAAUGUGAUAUUUGUCACAAAUCGUUUGAAAAAAAAUAUCAUCUAAAAUCACACACAAAUACAAUCCAUGUUUGUAACAAACCUUUCGAAUGCGAUAUGUGUCACAGAUCAUUUGGAAAAAAGGGAUACCUUGAAGAUCACAAAAUGACGGUACAUUAUCAUAUUAAACCCUUCUCAUGCGAUAUUUGUCACAAAUCAUUUGGACGAAAAAGUAAUCUCAAUCAACACAUUAAUGUAGUGCAUGAUCGUAAUAAGCCUUUUGAAUGUGAAAUUUGUCACAAAUCAUUUGGACACAAAAGUCACCUCAAAGUUCACAUCAGUACAGUACAUAAUCGCAAAAAAUGGCGACCUCAAGAAACACAUUAA